AUGGGUGACAACGCGCCGUCGACCCCGACGGAGAUAUCCGCCUCGGAUAUCGUCUUCGCCGAGGCGACCCCCGAACAGAGAGUGGUCUCUUGGCACCUCAGCAGCGACACGUGGGCCAAACCGCUGACGGAGGAACAGUACCUGGAGUCAAAUGAGGCCCUUUCGCGCAUCGAGAUGGCAAGAGAUGGUGGAUGCAGGUUCUGGGCGCUCUACUUCAAAGGGAACCCGCUCGAGGUUGUGGCCAGCUGCGAAAGCUUCCGGAAGACACUCUUUGUGCGUGAGUCCGGAAGUUCUCUGAAUGGAAGCACCACCAACGGCAGCACGGCGGCCAAGGACGACGGAGAGGUGGGGGAGCACCUCGCGUACGGCAUAGCCAGCGUCUACACCAACCCCAAGUACCGCCGGCUCGGCAUGGCCAGCUUGAUGUUGCAUAAGCUGCAGGAGGUCAUGGACAGGGAGGGGGCGACGGGUUCGGCGCUUUACAGCGACAUUGGGAAGUCUUACUAUUCCAUGCUUGGCUGGACCGUCUUUCCCCACAGCGAGGCCCGGCUGAACCUGCUGAGCCGCAGCCGGAAGCUCAAGUCGGACACGUGCUGCGACGUCAAGAUACGGUGGAUCGAGCGCCGCGACGAGCUUGAGCAGCUCUGCAAGCUCGAUGUCGAGGACCUUAAGGCCCGGAUGCGGCGGCAGAAACCCGACGGCAAGGCCCACUUUGCCUUCGCGCCCACAUACGCGCAGAUAGACACGCAGCUGGCGCGGGAGGACUUCUUUGCGCGCACCCUCUUCGGCCGCGAGGUCCAGCGCCGGGGAGCCGCGACGACGGACGGCAAGAGCUGGAUCAUCUGGGAGCGGGACUGGAAGAAGGAGCAGCUCACGGUGCUCCGAAUCGUCACGAUACGGCCCGAGUCGGAGGCUCGGCGGGUCGACCACAUCUGGGCCCUGCUGGGUGCUGCCGUCGCCGAGGCGUCCGAGGAGGGGCUCGGGGCCGUGGCCGUGUGGAACCCGGACGAGACCACGACGUCGGGCAUCAAGGCGACGAGCAACGCCUAUGCCAAUGACGUCAAGGUCGUCUUCAAGCAGAGGGACGGCUCGCUCCCAAGCUUCCGGUGGCGCGGGGGGCUGAGCACGGCCAAGAUGGUCUGGGAGGAUAAUUGCUACUACUGUUGGUGCUGA